AAGCGUGGAAGAAAGAAUUGCGACAAUUUACGAUUUCAAAGCAACACCUUUCUUAUUAAAUUAUUACAUUAUUGGUGUGAUUCUAUCUAGAAAAAAGGUGGGUUUUUAUCAUGUAAGUGAAUGGCUUCUGGUGAAUUCUAUACUCAAAAUAUCACGAAAUGGUAUUCCCUUUUUCGUCCACUUAGCUUCUUAGUUAUACGAUGCUGAGAUAUUUCCACGGUAUCUCGUUCCGUUCUUUUGCUACCACCACUAGCAUUUUCUGUCUUGGUUUUGCUACGGAAACUUAUUACCAUCGCAACAAGCGAGAUCAUAUAUCUUAUUUAAAUAGGCAGCCCGUUGUCACCGAACAAAAGAAAAUGGCGAUUCAAAAUCAAGUCAAGACUCCUUUUCAGACCUUAUUCGCUGUACCAAUGACAUGUGAUCAUUGUGUCGAAUCUAUAUCGGAAGCACUGUAUAACCUUGAGGGCAUUACCAAAGUGGAAGCGAACUUGAAGGAUCAGUUGGUUGCCGUUGAGGGAACCGCUGCGCCAUCUGCGAUUGUUAAUGCGAUAGAAGCGACAGGUCGAGAUGCUAUUUUGAGAGGUUCUGGUGCAUCAAAUGGGGCUGCGGUGUGUAUCCUUGAGACGUAUCACCGUAACGAGAAGGGUAGUGACUCGUUGGUACCUGCUUCCGACCCCGAGGCAGCUACUGAAGGAUCAGGGGCGAGCGACAGGGAGGUCCGUGGCUUAGCUCGUAUGGUGCAAGUCUCUCCUACGAUUACCCUAAUUGACUUAACGAUCCGUGGUGUUACGCCUGGCGCGUACUCAGCUAGUAUAAGAGAAUAUGGCGAUCUUAAAUUCGGCGCCACAUCUACCGGUCCGGUAUGGGCGGGCGGAAGCGGCACUACUCAACCUCGUGGCAUCCUCGGUACCGUACAAGUCGGCAGUGAUGGAAGAGGCGCUGUAUUCCUGGACCACCCCUUCCAGGUAUGGGAAGUCAUUGGGCAUGCGAUGGUAGUUUCUAGACAACAAGAAGGAAUCACCGAAGCUGAGCUGAAGAAUGACGAGAACACGGUCGUCGGCGUUAUCGCGAGGAGCGCCGGGAUGUGGGAUAACGAUAAGACGGUAUGUUCAUGUACGGGGAAGACACUCUGGGAGGAAAGAAAAGACGAAGUAAAGAAGGGUAUGAUUUGAUGUGGCAAAUGAUUCGGUACCAAUUUCCAGAUCUUCGACCAUUGCUAAACUGGAUCCUCUAUAGAAUCCUUUAGCGUUCGAUGACUUUUGAUAGAAGAUGACUAUAGAAUCCCAUCUAGUAUUGGUUAUGGAUUAUUAGUUUCUAAUCGAAUUUAGGGAUCCUCGCUAAA